CAGAGAAUCCCUCAGUUGUUUUUUCAGUUAGGUGAAAAGAGGGAGGAGCCGGAUAAAUCGGCUUUAUGAACGAGAACUUGGGUCAGAAAGCUCCCAGAGCUCAGCAGUCUCCCUUUCUCUCUAUGAAGAUGGAGACUCUGCAAGACGCUGAACUCUGCUUCCCACAACUACUCAACACCUCCUGCAGGAAGCCAGUGCAACAUCACGCUGAGACCAUAUUUCUUUACAUUCUGCUUUCUUGCAUCUCUUCACUCACUGUGGCUCUUAACCUGCUGGUCAUCAUCGCCAUCUCCCACUUCAGGCAGCUUCAGAGCCCCACCAACCUCCUCAUUCUGUCGCUGGCGGUCUCAGACUUCUUAGUUGGCUUCCUGCUUAUGCCAGCUAAAAUUCUCUUUAUAGGGGGCUGCUGGGUUUUGGGCAGCUUCACAUGUGGACUUUUUUACUAUGCCUCUUUUAUCCUUACAUCUGCCUCAGUAGGAAACAUGGUGCUCAUUUCAGUUGACAGAUAUGUUGCCAUUUGUGACCCUUUGUGUUACCCCACCAAAGUCAGUCAGAAUAAAGUUAAAAUCUGUAUUUGCCUGUGUUGGGCCUGUUCUGUGUUCUAUAAUGGGGUGAUAUUGAUAGAUUUUCUAAAAGAUCCAGAUCAAUACAAUUCCUGCUAUGGAGAGUGUGUUGUUAUAAUUAACUUCGUAACAGGAGCUGUUGAUGUCAUGUUGACCUUUGUUAGCCCCAUUGCUGUUAUCAUAGUUCUAUACAUGAGAGUGUUUGUGGUGGCUGUGUCUCAGGCUCGAGCCAUGAGGUGUCAUAUGGCAGCUGCUACACUCCAGGGUUCGGUUACUGUAACCGCAAGAAAGUCUGAGAGAAAAGCCGCAAGGACUCUUGGCAUUGUUGUGGUUGUGUUUCUAAUAUGUUUCUGUCCUUAUUUUUACCCCUCUCUCGCGGGCAAGGACUUGUCAACCGGUGUGGAAUUUUCAUUUUUUGGGACCUGGCUACUUUAUUGUAACUCCUGUCUAAAUCCAGUCCUGUAUGCAUUUUUCUACCCAUGGUUUAGAAGAUCUAUUAAACUAAUUGUUACACUUCAGAUACUGCAGCCUGAUUCCUGUGAUGCCAACAUACUGUAGAGCUGUCUGUGGAGUGACUGAAAUGAUG